AUGGAAUCACAAACUCGACAUUGGGACUUGAAACACUUCGAAAUUGGGAAAGAGUUGGGCAAUGGCCGUUUUGGAACUGUUUUCUUGGCGAGGGAAGCCCAAAGCAUGUUUAUUGUGGCUCUGAAAGUGCUGAACAAAGCUGAACUUACCGAAGACAUUCAACAUCAGAUCAAGAGAGAGGUCGAAAUUCAAUAUCACUUAAGGUAGGGCUUUAUGUAUUGUUUUAUGUUUAGGUAAUAUCACGGUUGGUAACUUGAUAAAUAUUUGUGGAUUUGACAGGAAUAGACAGACUUUAAUUAUUUGGCUGGUUUUUCCUUAUUAUUUUCAUUUAUUAUCAACAUACACAGUUUCAAAUGGUAUGUUUCAGACAUCGCAACAUAAUUCGCUUGUAUGGCUACUUCCACGAUGUCAAAAGAUUGUAUUUGGUUUUGGAAUAUGCUAACCAUGGGUCGAUAUUCUCACAUUUGAGGAAGGUUGGUCACUUUUCGGUACCUUUGGCUUCUCACCUCUUCUUGCAAUUGGCGGAUGCCAUCACUUAUAUUCACGAUAUGGAUGUUCUUCACAGAGACAUUAAACCGGAGAACAUGUUACUCAACAACAAGACUUUGAAGUUGGCUGACUUUGGAUGGGCUUGUCAUAAAAAGUCUUCCAGGUAGGAUAAUGUAUGGUAACAAAACUUUUAUACGUACAGCCUUACAACGCGGACUGAUAACAAAGUAUAGAUCUGUGACAAUUAUAUUGGCUUUAAAUUUUAAACAUUAGUCAAUAACAUACUUAUGUUGACAAUGUAAACUUUCAGGCUGAUGACUUACUGUGGAACGCCAGAUUACUUGGCACCAGAGAUGAUAAAAGUUGCUAAAGAGCCCUAUGAUUUUGGAAUUGACCUGUGGGCUAUGGGGAUCACUUACUUUGAAUUUUUGACUGGAAGGACGCCUUUCCACAGUCAUCUGAACUCACCGAGGAACACCCAUCUCUACAAGAAUAUCUGCGCUCUCAACUUCGAUGUUCCUAAAGAUUUCCCAAAAGAAGCGUGGACCAUUGUCAAGAAUGUAGGUAUUGGUAAAGAUUUUGUUCUAGUCCAUUUUUUUAGCAGGUUAUAGUUUUGCCUAACUUUCUGUCAACCUUAUUUUAGUUUAAAUUGUAUAAAUUUAGCUGUUGGCCAAGAACCCAGUUGACCGAACGAAACCAGGUGUGGUAAUGCAGAAUUCAUACCUAAUCGAGCAGGCCAAGCAAAUCCAAGAGGACGAGUUCCCGAGCCGAGUGACGACAAGGUCGGAAGUACCAUAA